GUCGUAUUUUAAUAAAUUUCAUCAUCUCAAUAUUUGUAAUUAAACGCAGAAUUCUAUAUUUUAGUUUAUGUGUAUCAUUAAAAAACGUUUACAAUAUUAGAUCCCCUAGUUUUAUACCCGAAUAAUUAUUAGAUCUAAGAGUUACCCUUUCAACAUUUAUUUAAAACUUAAUCUUGAAAUUUAUCACGAAUCUUUAUAAAUUUUAAGUAUUAGAAGAUGAUAGAAUACGAGGAUAACAAUAUUUUUGUUUUCAAAGGCGUAAUGCCUCAUGUAAACAAGAGUGAUAAAUACAUCGUUUUGUUCUUUAUUGUGUUACUUUCAGUGUUGAGGAUCAUCUUCUCAGGAUGUGACUCGUGCUAUACAACCAAGUGUCCUGCAGUUUUCAGAUCCUUGAUCACCAAAUAUAAACUCGGACCCAAGAAAAAAGUCAGCAAAAUGUCAGAAUCGAUGUGGUACUUUAUAUGGCAUACGUCAUCAUGUUUGUAUACGUUUAAAUUAUUAUUAAAAGAGUAUGGAACUGCUAAAAAUCCAGGCUGGGUUAGUUACUUCAUGAAGGAUUUGAAGGGGAUUUGGUUCUUUGCUGAGGAUAUACAUCAGGUGACAAAUAAAAUAGCUGCAUGGCCUGAGUUGCACAUAAAUAUGGAAACUCGAAUUUUCCUACUUAUGUGCACUGGAUUUUGGAUUUCAUGUCUGAUUUUCAUCAGAUGGGAGACUAGAAGAUCUGACACCAACAUCAUGACCUUUCACCACAUCACAACCACAACUCUACUCAUCCUAUCUUACAUUUACAACUUCCACAGGAUCUCGCUGAUUAUCAUAUUCCUCCACGACAUUCCCGACGUUUUCCUAUACUUAAGCAAGACGUAUUGUUACUUUACGAAUAGGAAUGAACUUAUAUUAUCUCUUUGCUUUGUAACUUAUGGUCUCUUACAUUUUGUGGCUAGAUUCGUAUUGCUCUUGAGAUACAUUGCUUACCCUCUGUUGGUUAAUUUUGACAAUUUCGAAUACUCUGGCGGGACUAUAAAGUACCUGUGGGACUUUCCCGGCGGUAUCAUCUGCCCGAUAUCAAUUGUAAUUCUAACGAUUAUGAACGCGUAUUGGCUAAAGUUGAUUCUUGAAUUGUUUAAGAAAUUCAUCUUCGACAAGGAAGAGCUACGUGACACCAGGGAAGAUGAGUGACAAGUUGAGUUAGUUUGCAAUUUCUUGAAUUUGUAUCCAUAGGGUAUUACCAACUUUAGUCUGAGCUUGUUUUUACAGUUUAACUCAUUAAUUGAGCUUAAAUUGUCAUUCAACUCUGCAGUUUUGUAAUAUAAACACAACUUCUCCAAUGCUAAUUCUUCUCUAAACA